AGAAAACAGAUUUAUAAUAAUUAGGAUAACGUGAUCUUUGUGUGAAGGGAGAGAGAGGAACGUGGUCACGUGGUGCGCUGGAUGCUGCUGAGCUCCAGCUUCUUCCUCUCCAGUCGCUCUGAGCGCAACAACCUGUGCGGAGCUCCGUCUCUCCCUCCUCCACCUCAUCCCUCCAUCUGCCCCAGAGGGGGAGAGGAUGAACCGGCGGACCGACCCCUGCUCCCGCCGCUGAUUCCCUCCGGCUCUCAUGGUUCUCCUCCGGGCUGCAGGCAGAGGAUGCGGCUGCUCGUUUUCGCCACUUUACUGGGACUCUUCCUGGACGCAGGCGACGGCCUCCAGAUCCAGUGCUACCAGUGUGAGGGGGUCAACUACGACUGUUCCACGCCCGAGUUCAUCGUUAACUGCACGGUCAACGUCCAGGACAUGUGCCAGAAGGAGGUGCUGGUCAAACCUGACGGAACCCACUACAGGAAGUCGUGCGCGUCGUCGUCGGCCUGCCUCAUCACCUCCUCCGGCUACCAGCAGUUCUGCACCGGCCGCCUCAACUCGGUGUGCAUCAGCUGCUGCAGCACGCCGCUCUGCAACGGCGUCAAGAAGAAGCGGCCCGUCCCGUCGGGCGCCGCCCCCAGCAGGCGGGCCCUGCUCUUCCUCACGCCGCCCAUGCUGCUCCACCUGACGUAGUCGGACGUCGGACUGUCGCGUAGAGCCACGCAGGUUACACGUAACUCUUUUUCUGGUUUGUUGCUCACGAGAGCAGAAAAAAGAAUGGAGCCUAAUGUAUCCCCUCGGUCAUUUUGUGUUAAUUGUUAAGCAUAGAAAUCAUUGGAUCAGCUCCAGUGAAGCACAGUAGUGACAGGGUGAUGCUGGGGGCUGAUUGGGUCCACAGUCAUGUAAAUGCUACCAGCUUUUGAAUAGGAUACCUAAAGAAAAAGCGGCUAAAAGCUUUGAUUCCUAAAAAACCCAGUCGGUGUUUCUGCUUCAGGAGGUAAGAAGAAAAGCACGGCGGUGGCAGGGUGGUGAUAUGGGCUUGUUUUAUAUACCUGGGUCUGUUAUUUGUCCAUCCAGGGUGGAACGAAGUUAGCUUGUGAUUGUUUUCAAACCUGAACGCUGACGUUCUGUUCCAGGUGGGUCCCAGGGUCUGACCGGUGAACGGGUUUGGAUUCUGGUUCCCAGUCCCCAGCCGUCGGUGUCGCUUUUCGUGAAGUGGAGUGUAAUCGGCAGAACUUUGGAUCAUUUCAGGCUUUUAUUUUAAAUUCUUAUGCUUUGAAACAGCCUGUGGAGUUAACUUUGUAUCGAUAUAGUCGUCAUUAUUUUUCAGAAUUACACUUUAUUUAUAUUCAUGUUUAUAUAUUUACCCACUGCCAGGCGGUAUUUUAUCCUUCUUUCAUUGCAGUAUAAAGGAACCAAAAUGCAUCUGUUUAAGUUGCUGUUUACUAAUCUACCGAUACAUAAUCGAGCUAAUUUUUUCAAAUAAAAAUGCAAAAUAUUUUGUGGGGCAUUUAGAUGUCUAAGACAUGAAUUAUUAUUAUUAAUAUUUCAGCAACAGUGCAGCAUUACGAGUGAAAAACAAUAAAUACGCCUCACAGCUUCAAAUGAAACCUGCAUGUUCUCCGGACUCCUUACUCUUUAAAAAUGUCAAACACAUUUGUUUUAAAAAAAAAUAAGCACUUUCAAUCUUUGUCAUUACUUCCCCGACGCCUUACAUUUCCUCCUCACUCUGCAGGGUUUGAAUGUGUUUGUGCUCAACACGCCGUGGACAAUACAGUGUCAGAUGUUAUUUAUUUAUUUGUUUGUUUAUUCAUUUAUUUGAGGCCGAUUCGACAGUCUGUUUUUACAGUGCUUUAGUUAUAUUAGAGGAGGGACGUCCACGGCUUCUUCUGAAGAGUCUUCUGUGAAGAGUACCGCUGUAUUCUGCUGAUAUGUGGUUUCAAUAAAUGUUGCAGAAAAAUCAGCUCUUAUAUUGUAUUUGUGGCGAAUCGGCAGAACGUCCUGGCAUUUCUUCACACUGAUUCUUUUUCGACGUAUUUGUUGCAUUUAUCAUCCUCUGUAACAUUUGAUAAACUUGAUAUUUGAAUGUUGUUUAUUAAGAAAGUAUCUCCUUGUGUCUCCCAUCAAGGAGAGUAUAAAUAGACGAUAGAUCCAGUGCAGUCCAGCUGUAGCGGUCUCAAUCAGUCCCAACUUCAACACCAAUAACUGUUCUUGUGCUCAAUGACUGGGAAACAUUCUGGUGUUGAUGAAAUUCGUACCACUCCAUUCACCGGCCUUAUAUCCUGGCGUUGACGCAGUUCGCAUCAGAGGACAGCGGCCUCCUGUAUACCUUUACUCUGACACUAGAAAAAGUGAAAACAUUUCCAGACGUUUCCUAACAGAUGGAGGUUAAAAGGUCAAAAAUGAAAAAACUUUCCUGUACCUUCCUUUUUGUCUCCUGAAAGUCUUGCUCUCUCUUGCUGUCCCACAGCCUGGUACAGCUUAAAAUGGCGUGCUCAUUGAGACAGGGUCCUGGGGGGUCACUGUUCCAGUGAGCAGGGUGCCAAUAUUCUCUUGGCAUGUUUUAUGUUUUUCAUAAAUUGCGCAGCCCUACUGAAAUGUAAAAUGAAAACACACCUCGACAGAAACAGAACAACCAAACUGUUGGGAACCAAGACGUUUAAUCUGUCAAUCACUGUUUCUUCCUUCCUGGUUUGUCUGGCUUCACCAGCUCUGAUUCCUGUCGUUUCCACAUUGGAAACGCCUUCCCACAGGUAACCUGUUGAAUCUAUGUAGAUCUUCUAUAAGUCUGUUGUUGAGAGCGUUGUGUCUUCUGUCGUCGUCUGUUGGGGCAGCAGAAUCAGAGCUAGUGACCUAAAAAGCCUCACCAGUCUGAUACAGAAGACUGGUUCUGUUCUGCGGACGACUGUGGAACCUCUGGAAAAGUAGCAUUCUUCAUAAACUCAAAAAACUCACCAAAAAAGGUUUUUGACCAUUCUCUUCAUGAAACCGUCUUGAGAAAACACUGUCUUCAGUCAGAGGCUUCUUCAGAUUCUGUGUAGUACAGACUGCUACAGGAGACCGUUC